AUGCAGUAGUUUGCACUUCAUUCUGCCCCAGAAAGACACAUGAGUAGUGCAUACAUAUCACACAAACCCCUCAUGUGUCUAGACCAGAUGACUUCCAACCCAAGGAUUGUUAAUGUUUAUUCAGGGUACAAAGAUCUUCUUGAACUGCCUGUGUAUUAGCCAUGUCUUAUGAGUGAGGACUUUUCCGAACACGAGAAGCGAUGGGGAUAAGAGUGGCUGUGCUGCUGUUUGUUGUUUCUGUCAGCCUGACUGAAGCAGCAGGAUGUAUACCUACAUCUAGUCCGCAGUGUUACAAAAAUUCAACUUCUCUGCAAGACGACUUUAUGUGUAAAUGGGAUAAGAGAAACCCUAAGGAGAAUCAGACACACACUCUUUAUAUAUGGGACAGUGAAAAGAAAAGUUUUAUAUUGUGUGCUAACUCUGGCGAUCAAUCAGAGAAAUAUAUUAUCUUGGAGGAACUAGGACUCACAACAAGCAAGACGGACAUAUGGGUGCAAACACAAGUGGGCAAUCUCACCUGCAAUUCUAGCAAAAUCUCAGUCAUCCUUGAAUGCUUGGUCAAAUACAGUGCACCUCAGAUUACCAGAAUGAAAAGGUCAGCUGGAAUCCUGUCUCUCAAACUGGACAAACCAAACGAUGACAAAAGUGCUAAAUACGAGAUCAGAUGGAGGGAGAGAGGCUCCGAAUGGCAGAAUGAGACAUUUGAAACUGAGGACAGCACUAGCCCAGAAGACCAGACCUCAAAGGCAAACAAAAUGGCUGAAGAUCAUCUACUCUCUUUCCGUCGAGAUGGUCGUCCUCUAGAGUGGUAUGAGGAGUUUAGACUCCUCCCAUCUGAUUCCUACAAGCUACGUCUACAGAAACAGACGAUCUACCAGAUCCAACUGAGACGGCAGGCCAAACUGCAGCCACAUAUAUGUAAUGACUCACUACAAACUCUCUGGAGUGACUGGAGCCCAGUGGAGGACGUUCCCUUAGAAAUCAGCCUCUCGCUUGUACACAAACUUGAAACAAAAUGGACGAACGGGACCAGGCAUAUUAAUCUCACCUGGGAUGAACCAUCUGCUGAACAGUCUGUUGGGGGUGUAAAGUACAUGCUGAAUGUCGUAGUUUGGCCUUGUAAAAACAAAGAGAGGAAAAAAAAGAAAAAGUCAACUUCGGAUCGAACCUAUAAAACCUUAAUCACAUAUUCAGAGGCCAGGAUUUCCAUUAUUGCAACGAACAAGGUCGGAAGUUCACCUCCACUGCAGAUCGUCAUUCCCGCUGUGAAACAUCUGAGCAAUUGUGACAAGCCCUCUAAGAUCACCCUGAGUGAUCAAACCUGCUUAGAAUGGUACAAGCUGGAGAACGGUGAGACCCGACCAAGUACAAUAAACCACUCAGGCAAUAAAACAUUCAAGGACAUUGAAAAGGGGGUGGAGAAAUUUGUACGUCAUUAUUACUUUCUACACACCAUGGGAAAGAAACAUCUUCAAACUGUUGAUAUGUGUCCUUUUUACUCAGAACAGGGAGCACCUAUUAAAGGUCCAGGGAACGUGAAUAUUUCUAAUGUGACGCAUGAAUCAGCAGUGGUCCGUUGGCUUUCCAUUCCUGUGGCGGAGCAGCGAGGAUUUCUACUGCAUUAUCUCAUUUGGAUUUCAGGACAGGGAAACACAACACUCCAUGAAGCCCAAGCAAAUGAAACCAGCUUCAAGAUCAAGAACCUCCAACCAGGGGCCUCUUACACCGUUUCUAUAGCCGGAGAAACAAUGGCUGGUAAAGGGCCGAACUCAACUGUGAACUUUGAAACUCACUCAGAAGAAAUGGGCUUAUCAUGGCAGGACCAGACCAUCCUGGGCGUCUGUGUGGUUGCCCUCUUGUGUACUAUAAUCUGCUCUGUUGCUGUCAGGCGAUUUAGGAACAAGUUGAUACCUAAAGUACCCAGUCCUGUGAUUGAUACAUCAGAAAUAAGAUGUCCACAAGAUCAGGACCUGAGACAGACGGAGGAAGUGCAUGAAUUUGUUCUCUUGCUGUGUCAAGAUCUCAGCAAACCCAGUGAAAACGUGACCCCUGAACAGAGCACUUUACUGCAAGGCUUCGGCCUUGUCGUCUUUGAGGAGGAAGACGAGGUAGAUGAGGAGGGUGAAGUUACUGGCUUGAGCUCUAUGAAAUCCUGUUGCUAUCCGAAUCCUAGUUACAGAGGACAGACGCUACAUCUGCCAGAGCCUUUCCACACGACAGAUAGCGCAUUAAAUGACAAUGAUACAGAGUCUACAUACAAAAAUGGCCUGUUCUUUGAAACAAGUGACAAAACGUCACUAUAGACUUGUGUGUGACGUGUACUGACAAAUAAAAAAA